AUGAGGGGUGAAACUCAUGGCAAUUCAGGGGAGCAGUCUAGUAGUUUUCCAGUUAAUGUUGUUCCUUGUGAUGAGUCCAGUGGACGUAAUGGUAAACUGAACAUUUCUUUUCAAACGGGUGAGGAAUUUUCCGAAGAGUUUCUUAGGGAACGUCGUACUCCUAAAAAACCACUUGUCACAGAUGAUGCAUUUCAGCAACAAGCAAGUAGGAAUGGAGCAAAUGUUGGUCAGAAUCGUCCGCUUGUGUAUGAGGAUCUUACUGGCCUUCUUGGAAUCAAGAGAAGAGACUCCGAGAGUGGUACAGAAACAUCUGAGUUUUCGGCUGGGGAAGGAUAUGGAUUGGAUGGAGAGAACCAUGAAAGGUAUGAUAGUGCCAAUAGAUACCGUAGGGAAUAUGCAGCUAGUGGCCUGCAAAAAUCAAAGUUUUCUGAUGGGGGUAGUGGCGGAAGGGGUGUUUCAGGUCAUGCAUCAGAUUCCCCCAAUGCAUACCAACCUUAUAAUCGCGGCUUAGGGUUUACAGAUGGUUCUUCCUCUGGUAAAAUGAAGUUCCUUUGUAGCUUUGGAGGAAGAAUUUUGCCUAGGCCAAAUGAUGGGAAGCUUAGGUAUGUAGGUGGGGAAACACGAAUCAUGUCAAUCAGAAAAAGUUUAACUUACAGUGAAGUUGUCAAGAAGACUACUACAAUCUGCAAUCAACCUCAUACAAUUAAGUACCAGCUACCUGGCGAGGACCUUGACGCAUUGAUAUCUGUCUCUUGUGAUGAGGAUCUUCAUCAUAUGAUAGAGGAAUAUCAUGAUUUGGAAAGAAGUUCUCAGAGAUUGCGGAUAUUUCUUGUGUCUUUAAAUGAUCCAGAUAGCCCAUGCUCUUUGGAAGGAAGAUCUGUGCCACAGACAGAUGCUGACUAUCAUUAUGUUGUUGCUGUUAAUGGCAUGUUAGAUCCAAGUCCUCGGAGGAGUUCCAGCAGGGAGAGUCUAGGAAGUCAGAUAGCAAACGCGAUGGAAGGUAGUCCUACUGUUCAACGUGAAUCUCCUACAUCCUUUCAUCCCCUGGAAGUCCAGGAUGGAGGCACUUCCUUGAACAAAAUGAGCCAUCCAAGCACCAUUACUCAGGUUUUCAGUCCCUCUCCACAUUACACUUCUAAGGCAUAUUUUGCUCCACCAAUGUUCCCAUUACCAGUGCAACAUAAAGAAUCGAAGAACUCCCAUGUAAAGUUCUAUGAAGAUAUUACUCGUGCUGAAGGUCAUGAAUUCAGAAGUCCAAAUGCUAUGGACCAUAAAGUAUAUGACACUUAUCAUAUUAAUACCUCCAGCUACUACCAUGAUCCACAGCAAGAUAGUGUGCCAGUCAAACGAAGCUACCCCGCAAUCAGCCAUUAUAUGGAAUCCAAUCAGGUUGCUCAACUGCAUCCUCAGUUUCACAGCCGUGCUAACGAUUUUUUAGCUUUUCCAUCUUUUAGUAAAGUUGAAGCUGAUACAAAAAGGGAUGUGUCAUCUGACAUGAAUUUGCAAUCUGAAAAUUUUCACAUUUCUGAAGACUCACUAGUUCAGUUCCCUGGAAAUUCAGUCUUAAUAAAUCCUGCCAGCCGAAUGGUACGUGAAUUAUCUCAGCCUCAGUUAUUUAGAGAUGGAGGUACGAGUGUCCCUCUUGAGGAUAUGAGCACAUUCAGAUCAAAAUUUGUGAUGGAAAAAUCACCUUCCUUUUCUGGGUCUUCACAAAGGACAGAUCAACAGCUUGAGAAUGCAGAAAAGUGCCACUCUGACUCUGCGAGAAAUGAGCACAUCUGGAACAUGGGAGGGUUUGAAGGCGAAAAAAAUUGGAUGCACACAGACACAUCUUUGGACCAAUGUAGAAAUGCAUCAAAUGCUACUUCUAUGGCAGAUAGAAGUAACUUACCCACGACCGUGCAACAAUUUGGUGAAAUGGUCAUUGACCGAAGCGUACAAACAGAGGGAAAAAGCCUGAGGAGCAAAAAUUCUACAUCAACAUUGUCUUCACCAGGUAGAACCGGAGAAGCCUGGAGAGGACCACAAAGAGAUGGUCAAUCAAGGCCUGAUGAAUCCGACUUGAUUAUCAAAAGCCAGAAAGAAAGCAUGGAUCGGGAUCAUAGAGGGACUGUUGUAUUCAGCAGUAGAGCCAUUGACAGAUCCCAUGGACGUCAGACUGCUACAAAUCAAGGAAUCGAUGAAUUAGCAGGAACGUCUAUUGCACCUUUUAACUUGAAUUAUCCUCCGAAUAAUGAUAUUAUGUUUGCUACCUCAGUAGAUAGCAGUAGAUCAAUGACUGUGGAUCCUCUCCAUCAGGGAACAGCGAAUGAUUAUCACUGGACGACAGGAAAAAUUUCUCGCGAGAGUGAGGAAAAAGAGAAUAUCAAUAAUGAUUCCUCAGAGAAAUCAUCUUUUCAGGAUCAGAUGUCUGCUUCUGAUCAUUCAACUAAGGAGUACAUUUCUAACAUACCAGAAACCACUGUCAUUGUUGAAGAUGUGACUGAUUCCAUUCCCUCAGAUAUUCCAUCUUCUCGAGCAGUUAUCCCUCUCAUUCAAGAUGAGCCAAGUGAUGGGAUUAUGUCCACCGAAGAAGAGACAGAGACUGAAUCUGUGGCUCUCGAGUCUGAACAUGAGGAAGGGAAUGCUGAUGAUGAUGGUAAAAAUGACUCCAUUGGAGAUUCUGUUAUGUUUGAAAUGGAAGCUGGGAUCUACGGUUUACAGAUCAUUAAAUAUGGCGAUCUUGAGGAGCUGCAAGAGUUAGGAUCAGGAACAUAUGGAACUGUGUACCAUGGGAAGUGGAGGGGAACCGAUGUAGCUAUAAAGAGAAUUAAAAAGAGUUGUUUUGCUGGGAGACAUUCAGAGCAAGACCGACUGGCUAAAGAUUUCUGGAGAGAGGCUCAGAUUCUCUCUAAACUUCAUCAUCCAAAUGUUGUGGCAUUCUAUGGCGUAGUACCUGAUGGGCCUGGGGGAACAUUAGCAACCGUUACUGAAUACAUGGUUGAUGGAUCAUUAAGACAUGUCCUCUUAAGGAAGGGGGCACUUGACAGACGCAAGAAACUUAUGAUAGCACUAGAUGCUGCGUUCGGUAUGGAGUAUUUGCACUUGAAAAAUGUUGUUCAUUUUGAUUUGAAAUGCGACAACUUGCUGGUAAACUUGGGAGAUCCUCAAAGACCUGUGUGCAAGGUUGGUGAUUUUGGACUGUCAAGAAUAAAACGGAACACACUUGUUUCUGGCGGUGUCCGAGGAACACUUCCGUGGAUGGCCCCUGAGCUUCUGCACGGAAGCAGUAAUCGAGUCUCUGAAAAAGUGGAUGUAUUUUCAUUUGGAAUCACAAUGUGGGAGAUGCUGACAGGAGAAGAGCCUUAUGCAAAUUUGCAUUGUGGUGCUAUCAUAGGUGGGAUUGUAAAUAACACACUCCGACCUCGUAUUCCAGAUCGUUGUGAUCCCGAAUGGAGGAAGUUGAUGGAAGAGUGCUGGUCACCGGAUCCAGCCGCGAGGCCAUCAUUCACAGAGAUAACGAAUAGGUUACGCGUAAUGUCAAUGGCGCUUCAAGCCAAGAGACAAAACCGGGCUAGAAGAUGA